AUGAAUCUGCGGCUCUGCGUGCAGGCACUGUUGCUGCUUUGGCUCUCCUUGACUGCGGUGUGUGGAGUGCCAUUGAUGCUGCCUUCAGAUGGGAAUGGGAUGGAGGAAGGCAACCUUCACUACCUGGUGCAGCCCAGAGCUUCAAGGAAUGGACCGGGAACCUGGCAGGGUGGCCGGAGGAAAUUUCGCCGCCAGCGGCCUCGCCUCUCCCAUAAAGGCCCUAUGCCUUUCUGA